CAUUUAACCCCCUUGAACAAACAGUAGAGUGCCGAAAAAGCCAAAAGACAACAUUACCCUCAAUUAACCAACCUCUCUUUAUUUUCCGCUCUAAGGCGUACGAGCCCAUCCUCUUCCUGGGUCGCCACCGCUUCGCCGGCGUCGACAUGAGGACCAGAGUCAAAGGCGGUGGUCACACCUCCUAGUCCUUAUAAGCAACAAAGCCAAACAUGGCUUUAACCAAAUUUCCCCAAAUUAAUUUGUGUUUAGACACACCAACUGAGAUGCUCCAUACCCAAUCACCUCUGCAAUUAAACCCAUCACCUCUGCGAUUAAAUUCAAUACCCACACCCCAGUUGCAAGACCAACUAUUACAGAGUCUACAGUGAAACUAGCAGACUCGCUGUGCAAAGCCCGAUCAUCGCCGAUUCGAUCCAGACCCACUCCAUCGCCGGUUCAGACUUGCUCCUUAUUCGUCGAAAAGUUCUUUCUCACAGCCCAUCCAUUUGCAAUGGAUUAGCGACUUCUACAGUCGCAGUAAGACAUCCCAGCCGCUGUGCAAAGCCUACCGUCAUCACCCCAACUCUGCCGCCGAUCAGGAUCAGUCUUCGCCCAUCUCCUCUUCACUGCCUGCUUUGUUAUCGCCGGAAUCACGAUUUGGAGCAACCAAAGAGAGAAAAAUUGACUCACAGAAGAAAAGCAAAGCUGCCUCGUUCAAGAGAAUAGGAUGAUUUGGCUUUACAAGUCGUUGUCCGUCGCUUCUCUCAUCACAGUCGAAAACGGGUUAAGUGAACGGCGAUUGGGUUAUGCGUUUGGGCCAUCGAUUGGCGAUUGACGACGUCGGCGAUUGGGUUGUGCGAUUGGUGACGACGAUGAUGGGUGAUGACGGCGGCGCGUGGAGGAUGGGCUUGGUUUUGCAGAGAGCAUAUGAUUAAUUAAUUAAUUAAUUUUUUCCAAUUGGGUUGGCUUUGUAAUGGGGAUAAGUGGUGAUUGUGGAGGUUUUGGGUGGAGAAGCGGUGAUGGUUUUGGUUGAAGGGGGUGGUAGUUAUGGGUUUGAGGUUUUACUUGGUCAUCGAUUUAGAAUGGGGUGAUGGGUGGUGGUGGUGGUUAUGGGUUUGUAGAAGUGGGUGGUGGUGCUGUUGGGGCGACGACUACGGGUUGAAGUCGGAGGAGGUGAUGUAGUAGACGGUGGAAGGGCAUUAUUGUCCCAAAAAUUUAAUUUGUCUGUAGCGUGAUUCUCACGCGCUCAUUUUUGGAAGCCCGGUGGCUGGAUAGAGUGAUCUAUAACAAAUAUAUAUAGUUCGGGGAGUUUUUAUGUGAUUUUGAUAAUUUAGGGGCUUAAUUGUAAAUUUUUCAAUAAUUUAAGAGGAUUUUUUGCACUUUUCCCAAUAAAAAGAUAGAUCAAAUUUGAAUUCAGCAAUUAGAGUUGAAUAUUUGGGUUAGGCCUCGAGUUGUGAGUCGGAAGUUUUGUGAAGUUUAUUGCAGUUGGACCAAUAUUAAUGGGGUGCGUAGUUUUUUUUAUUAUUUAUUUAUUUUUUUAAAUUUAAAAAGAAAAAUCCCGCUUGCUCAGCACGCGCCUAUCCGUUGCUCCCUGAUGACCGAAAUUCCUUUCGUAGCCAAAAUGUAUAAAUUCUAGUAUAGAAGAAUUAGUAAUGUUUCUCAGGAAUUAGAGGGAGUGUGUGUAGACCAACCCAGAAGGUUGCUUCUAGGGAUUUUUGCUCGACUCGGUAAAGAAUCAGCAUCUGGUAAUCUUUAAUGGCGGUUUUCUCUUUGAGGUUCUUGGCCUCUACUAGGGCUCUACCCAAGUCCGCGGACAAGCAUCAACAAUAUUUAUUCCUCAAUUUUCAUUCCAAUUUUUUCCCAAUUCAACCAGAGACGCCAUUUGACAACUCUCCACUUUUCAUCGCCAGCCUUCUGUGUCCAUAUCCAAAUGGCUGUUCCACAAGUAAACAAGAAAUUUCUAAGUGAACUUGAAGCAAUGGGAUUUCCACCGGCUUGGGCAACGAGGGCACUCCAUCAUUCUGGUAAUUCUAAUAUUGAGGCUGCUGUGAAUUGGAUUGUUGAUCAUGAGAAUGACCCCGAUAUCAAUCAGAUGCCCUUGUACAUCCAGGUUCCAGUGAACAUUGAGAUUGAAGCUUCUGAACCUUCUUAUAUCACUGAACAAGUGAAGAUAAAAGCACAAGAACUAAGGGAUCGAGCACGCAGGGAAAAAGAAGAGGAAAAAGAGAAAGUGGAAAGAGAAAAGGAGAAGGAGAGGAUUCGAGGAGGUAAGGAACUUCUUGAGGAAAAGAGAAUGGCAGAAGAAAGUGAAAGAAAACGAUUUCUAGCCCUGCGAAAAGUAGAGAAAGAAGAACAGAAAAGAGCAAGGGAUAAAAUUCGUCAGAAACUGCAGCAAGAUAAGGCUGAAAGAAGGGGGAGACUUGGGUUGCCUCCAGAAGGUCCUGCAUCUUUAAAAUCUACCACACCUAUAAUGCAGGAAGAAAAGAACUCGGUGCCAGUUUGGUCUGCUACGUUGCCUUCUAUUGCUACAAAAGCAGAGCUUAUGAGAGACUGUUUAAGAUCUCUCAAGCGCAACCACAUGGAUGACGAUGCAAAAGUGAAGAGGGCAUUCCUAACUCUUUUGAUAUAUGUCAGAAAUGUUGCAAAUAAUCCUAAUGAGGAAAAAUAUAGGAAGAUCCGACUAUCUAAUCCAGCCUUCAGGGAUAGAGUUGGGAAAUUGAAAGAAGGUAUUGAGUUUCUUGAGCAUUGUGGGUUCGAGAGAGAUGAAGGAGGUGAGUUUUUAUUUUUUCCUAGGGACAAGGUUGACAUGGAAGUACUAAGAUCAGCUGGGAAUUUGUUAAACUCUGCAAUAACGAAUCCCUUUUUUGGACUUCUAUCAAAAUGAAAGAAGAUUAAGGUUCUUCCAGGGUGAUUGACUUCUUCAAAUUAUGAUAAAACGUGGCUAUAGCGAAAAUGUAACUUGAGAGUUUGUAUCCAUUCGAGAACAUAAUGUUCUCGAGUCUUAUGUUGGGGUCUAUCCUGUUUAUGAGGGUUUGUAAAUUAUACAAUAGUUUGGAAAUGAUUGUAGAAUAUGUUGUUCCAGCUUAUUCAUCUCUCAAUAAGAUCCAACAUCACUUAUCUGGAACAUUAGUAUUGUCUGAGCUUUUGUUCGGAGUCUGGAUUGUGAUAUCAAAGUACUUUGUUAUUUGUGUUAA